AUGUUAGAAAUAAAUAGUCACUAUGGUGGUGAUGAAGACACAGAACUAACUAACGAUGAAGGUAAUAAUUCAUAUCAACCAUUUAAUGAAACAGAAGAUGGUAAUGGUGGUGAUAUUAAUAUUCAAGAUGUAAUGCCACCAAGACAGAAAAAAACACUUCUUGCUCAAUUUAUACCAACUUCUGGUGAUUACAACGCAUUAACCUCUGUAUUUAUGGAUAAUUUAGCAAAUUUUGCUUUAAUGGUUGAACUUUUAGUUUUUGUUUUUGGUAUGCCAAGGGAUUUAGUUACAAAAUAUUUUAUACCAGGACCAGCAUUUGCAAUUAUGAUUGGUAGUCUUUCAUUAUCAGCAUAUGCAAUUUAUUUAGAUCGUAAUGAAAAGAGACCAAAUAUUCUUUAUACUGCAAUUCCACUUGGUUUAGAUACACCAAGUACAAUAGGUUUACCAUUAUUAGUUUGUGGACCAGCAUUUUUAGCAGCAAAAGCAGCUGGUAUGUCAGAUGCAGAUGCAACUUAUGAUUCAUGGAUUGUUGGUUGUGCAACAGUUUUCUUAAUUGGUUGUUUUAAAUUAGCAAUGUCAGUUUUAAGUUUUACAACUAGACAAUUCCAUGCUGUUGGUAAAGCAUCAGCAUUGGCUGGUAUUGGCCUUGCUUUACUUGGUUUAGAUCAAAUUUUAGUAAUUUUUGAAGAACCAGUUGUUGGUUUAUUAAUUUUUUUUUUUUUUUUUUUUUUUUUUUUUAUAUAUUUUAUAAAUUUAGAUGGACAUAACAAACAAGGUAAAAUUUUAGGAGUUGAUUUACCAUUUAAUUUAUCAGGUGUAUUGGUUUCAUGUGUUAUUGGUACAGUUUUAUUUUAUUUUAUGACAGGUGUUGGAAUUUCAGUUUCAGAUAUGCCAACCAAUGUAUUUAGUGAUUAUUAUGUUUCAUAUCCACAUCCAUCAAAUAUAUUUAAAGCAAUUAAAAGAGCAAUCACUCAAAACAUUUCAAUUGUAAUUCCAUAUGCAAUUUUAGUUAAUAUUAGUUCAGUAUCAGUUAUUGAUGGUGCACGUUCAAUUGGUAAUCAAUAUGGUUUUAAAUGGGUACUUUUAAUUGACUCGAUCUCAACGAUUAUUGGUAGUUUAUUUGGUUGUGGUGUAACUCAAACUACACCAUACAUUGGUCAUUUAGUGUAUCAUAAUAAAUUUAAAGCAGGAUCAAGUUAUUCGACUAUCAGUGGUUUGGUUAUUGGUUUAGGUGGUUUCUUUGGUUAUUUAGGUUUACUUACAAAUAUUUUACCAAAACCAGCAAUUUUACCAAUUUUCAUUUUCAUUUGUUUUGAAAUUUGUUAUGAAACACUUCACAAUACUAAAGGAAUUAAAGCACAUCAUUCAAUUGCAAUCAUUUGGGCAUUCUUCCCAUCACUAUUCCAAUUUGCAUUCAUUAUCAUUGGUCAAAUAUCACCAAUUUUAGCCAAUGCCGUAGUUAAUCCAGAAAUGGUUCAAGAGCAAUUUGGUCUAUCUUUUACUGUAGUUCAAAAAAUUGGUACAAUUAUGAUAUUAGCAAAUGGAUUUAUUUGUACUGCUUUAUUUUGGGGUACUGCUUUAGCAUUUGUUUUAGAGAAUAGAUUAAAGAAAGCUUCAAUAUUUUUAGCAAUUUGUGCAAUUUUAACUUUCUUUGGUGUAAUUCAUUCAGUAGAUCCAAAUGCAGAAGUUUACCUUCCAUGGAAUAUUCCUUCCUCUCCAACUGGUUACUCAAAUAUACCAUAUCAUUGGUCAGCUUCUUAUUUAUUAAUUGCAGCUAUAACAUUUGGUUUUUCAUUCAUUAAAACUCAUGAAAUUGAUCAUCCACCAACUAUUCAUACUGAAGAAGAAGAUGAUCAUAAUAAAAAACAAUCGACAAAAUCUGCUUUAAAUAAAUUUAAAUUCUGGAAAUCAAAUCAAAAUGAAAGUUAUCUUUCAUAUUCAAAUGAAAUUCAAUCCCCUCUUUUAUAA